GAAGACAAUAAAAUUAAGAGAUGAGAAUGUGUGCGGUGCCUAAUGUGAGCAUAAGCAGUAAGAUGCAUUUGUCUUGGUUUCUGCAGGUUAUUUUCCUCGUUCACCCCUUUCCUGGUUUUCCGUAGAAAACGAGUACGUUGUGCCUAUUGCUCCGCCCUCGACCACUGCAGUUCCCUUGAAAUGUCACAGAUCGUACCUCUUGCAUGGGACUCUCUACAAAUAGAGUAAGGUGGACAUCUAUUGUUUAUUGCGAGCAGCGUACGCAAAUUAUUUUCUUGCAGGGCGUAGGAUUACUCUUCAGUAUGAAUAAAUAACUCUGCCGGACCCUGGCUGCAGAGCUGCUGUCACGUCUCCACCACAAUGUAUCAGGCAUUGCGGACGUUUUUACUACCAAACGCGCGGUGCUGGGAUGCCAAUAGUAAGAAGUCAUACCAGGAAUUAUUUGAGAGACUCGAUACCAACAAAGAUGGGAAGGUGGAUGUCGCAGAACUACGAGCGGGGCUCAAAGCAAUGGGCAUUUUCCGCCAGGGUGCUGCACAGAAAAUUGUAUCGUCUGGUGACAAAAACAAAGAUGGGAGUCUUGACUUCAACGAGUUCACCAAGUAUCUUAAGGAGCAUGAGAAGAAACUGCGGCUAACAUUCAAGAGUCUGGAUAAAAACAAUGAUGGGCGGAUUGAUGCCACUGAGAUCCAGCAGUCCCUUGCAGAGCUGGGCAUGGACAUAUCCAAAGAGGAUUCUCUUAAAAUCUUACAGAGUAUGGACAUUGAUGGAACCAUGAUGGUGGACUGGAAUGAGUGGAGGGAACACUUCCUUUUUAAUCCUGCCCACAACCUGGAAGAAAUCAUACGCUACUGGAAACAUUCUUCGGUGCUGGACAUAGGUGACAGUCUUGCCAUCCCUGAUGAAUUCACAGAAGAGGAGAAGACCUCAGGAGUCUGGUGGAAGCAGCUUGUUGCAGGAGCGAUGGCCGGGGCCGUCUCUCGCACAGGCACUGCCCCUCUGGACAGGAUGAAAGUCUUCAUGCAGGUUCACUCCUCUAAGUCCAACCGGAUCAGCCUGAUAGGGGGCUUCAAGCAGAUGAUCAGAGAGGGGGGUCCAGCAUCACUAUGGAGAGGCAAUGGAAUCAAUGUGUUAAAGAUUGCACCCGAGACAGCAAUCAAGUUUAUGGCUUAUGAACAAUAUAAAAAGCUGUUAUCACCAGAGGGCACUAAGAUUCAAACACAUAACAGGUUUAUGGCUGGCUCUUUGGCUGGGGCCACAGCACAGACAGCCAUCUACCCCAUGGAGGUAUUGAAGACCAGAUUGACCCUGAGGAAAACUGGACAAUAUUCAGGAAUGUUUGAUUGUGCCAAGAAGAUCCUGAAAAAAGAGGGUGUCAGGGCUUUCUAUAAGGGCUACAUUCCAAAUUUACUGGGCAUCAUUCCCUACGCUGGCAUAGACCUUGCUGUUUAUGAGAGUCUUAAGACUACCUGGUUGUCGUACUAUGCCAAAGACACAGCUAACCCUGGAGUGCUGGUGCUUUUGGGCUGUGGUACCAUCUCAAGUACCUGUGGCCAGCUGGCCAGCUACCCACUUGCACUCAUACGCACACGGAUGCAGGCACAAGCGUCUCUGGAUGUGUCGGACCAGCCCUCCAUGAGCACACUUGUGAAGAACACAUUGGCCAAAGAUGGAUUUUUUGGACUCUACAGGGGCAUCCUGCCAAACUUUAUGAAAGUCAUUCCUGCUGUCAGCAUUAGCUAUGUGGUUUAUGAGUAUAUGAAGACCGGCUUGGGGAUCUCUAAGUGAUACUGCAAGUACUGUUGAAAAAAAAAAAGUAUGGCCACAGACUUAAAAAUUGUUCCUUCACAUGACACCAUGGGAACAAACAGAUACCAAACAUACAGGGCAUGAAUUCCAACAGUUGGAACAGAAGUUCAACAGGGAAGGUGUAUGCCUGCAAUCCAAAGGAUUGUCUCCCACUAGCCCAAGCAUUAAUCAUAUCUGAUGAGCAUGCUGUGAACUUCAAUUCUGAUCUCACUGUUAAAUGAAACACACUCCCCCGAGUUAUGCUUCAUCCAAAGUAAUACUCAGACAUUCUUGUAUAGAACUUACUCAUGAAAAUUAGAAAAAUAAUACAUAAUGCAUAGUAGAAUUGACCAAACCAUUGAGACAUACUGUUACAAUGAGUUUGUUUACUUGUACUUCAGUGUACUAGUUUUUUUUUGGGCAUAUUUUCACAUCGUAGACGUUUACAGUAAGAAUAUAAUCCUAAUAAUAAACUCCAAAUUUUUAGAAGCCUAACUACAAUAUCUUAAACACACCAAUAUUGUCUGUACACUGAUACAUGUAUAGACCACAUUGUAUUGGUCAAUAGGUUGUGUAAAAUAAGGAAAUAUUCAAAAUUGUCCUCUUAGAAAAAUAGGGCUUAGCCUGAGCCAUACCAGGGAUACACAGCAAAAUUGCGAGUUAAUUUGACACUUUUUACUUUUGAACACUUGUCCUAGAAUCAUAUCACCACUGAACAAACAACACUCCAAUUAACAGAUGUUAACUAAAAUUAAUUGGCCCCUUAAAAAUGAACACGUCUUAACACUGGUGGACUGUGUACUUGCAAACAUACUUGGUAUGUUUUUUGGAAUAGGAAAAUCACUAAUUGCACAUUUUGCAUGUUAUUUGACAAAUGCUUAAAUGUGCCUUAUAGUCUCUUAAUGUGAAUCUAUUUUUGUGACAGCAGGAGAUUUUAAGAUGUUUUUUUUUAUAUUCUGUUUGUAGUUAUUAUUUAUGGGUUUAAAUGUUGGGUGCCGCUAUCUAACUAGGUAACCUUUUCAAGAGAACAGUUAUGACUGGCAAUAAUCAUUUGACUGAAGUACUUGGAUGUAGUUCUAUUUUUUUUGUUGUAUCAGUCUUCAUUUCAACACAUCGGACCUUCUGACCCUCUCACACACACCACAAAAGGAAAAGGGCGAACAAUCCCUGAGUGUGAUUUAAUAAAGGGAUGCUGUGA